CGCGGCGGCGGCAGGGCGACGUGGCUCGGCCGGCUGCGGCUGCGCGGGCAGGUGGGGCAAGAUGGCCGCUGAGCAGGGUGUGCAGGGUGUCCGGCCCCCUCCCGGAACGGGGCUGGGCAGAAUGAUGCGGACCCUCCUGCUAUUGCUGUGUUUUGCGGCCCGCGGAAGCGCGCUCUACUUUCACAUCGGAGAGACGGAAAAGAAGUGCUUCAUUGAGGAGAUCCCAGACGAGACCAUGGUCAUAGGAAACUACCGGACGCAGCUGUAUGACAAACAGCGGGAGGAAUACCAGCCGGCCACCCCUGGGCUCGGCAUGUUCGUGGAGGUGAAGGACCCAGAGGACAAGGUCAUUCUGGCCCGGCAGUAUGGCUCUGAGGGCAGGUUCACUUUUACCUCCCAUACCCCUGGUGAGCACCAGAUCUGUCUGCACUCCAAUUCCACCAAGUUCUCCCUCUUUGCUGGAGGUAUGCUGAGAGUUCACCUGGACAUCCAGGUGGGUGAACAUGCCAACGACUAUGCAGAAAUUGCUGCCAAAGACAAGUUGAGUGAGUUGCAGCUACGAGUGCGACAGCUGGUGGAACAAGUGGAACAGAUCCAAAAAGAGCAGAACUACCAGCGGUGGCGAGAGGAGCGCUUCCGACAGACCAGUGAGAGCACCAACCAGCGGGUGUUGUGGUGGUCCAUUCUACAGACCCUGAUCCUCGUGGCCAUUGGUGUCUGGCAGAUGCGGCAUCUCAAGAGCUUCUUUGAAGCCAAGAAGCUGGUGUAGCCAUCCCAGGCCUCACAGGCCAUCCUCCCAGGCUAGGGGAGAAAGGACCUUCUGGAACUGACUUCUCUCUGGCAGGAGGACUGCUUCCCAGAUGUAGAUGUUCUGGAGGGGAGAGGGGCUACAGGUACCCCCAGGCACAAGCUAGGGGCAGCGGCUUGGCUGGCUGAUACUGAGUAGGUGGUAGGGCAAAUGCCUGCCCCCUCCCCUGCCUCUUUGCAGUAAUCACACAAGUGAAGCCACUGGGAGCUCCACUGGCACCUCAGAAUCACAGUGUUACUGAUCAGGGAUGUGAGGCUGCUGUCUGGGUGGAUGGGGGAGGGGGAUGGGUGGGCAAGCCAGUUUUCCUUCUGUCUUCCUUUGCUAACUUGGGAUUUUGAGGAGGUUGGGGUAUGGCUGUGAUUCCUUGCCACCCUGGGAACCUUGCUCUUCUCUCUUUUGGCCUAGACCUGCUGAUCCAGGGUGUGUGUGUCAAUUGAGGGUGGGGUGGAGCCGGUUGCAGUGUGGGAAAGUGGCCCUAUGGUUGACCCUGGCUGCUUCACAUGGUCAUCCAUUCUGGGGCUUGAGGAACUGGGGUCAGGCCAAGCAGAGGCCUUGAUGCUGGUUGGGGUUGGGGCCUGCAGAGUCUUAGUUACUGAUUUCAUUUUCAAUAAGUCUAGGUUUGUUACCUUGGUUUCCCAAUAAAAAAAAAAUUGA